CCAUCUACUUCCUGAUGUGUUUAUUUUUUGUGGGCUUUCGACGGCUUCACCGUUCGGAGCUCCGAUGAAGCCGUAGUUUAAAGUUGCGUUCGGUGAUUCACGUUUGAAGUUUGAAGAACCAUUUGACGGAUGGAGAAUCGCCGUCCAUUGUGGUCUGAUGGAGAGUCGCGUGUGGUUCCAUGAGCUCCAAUGGAGAGUCCCUAGCCGUUCGGUGAGCUCCAUUGGUUGCCUUGCGGUCGAUGGGUGGCGCUCGAAGAAGAGAGUUUCAAUUUCGUCUUCUUUGGCUUCUUCACUUGAAGGGUUCAGCUCGACCCCAGGCCGAACAUCGGCAACAGGUACAGAUUGAGGCCUCAUCUCCGAAAGAGGCGAAGAAGAAAGAAGAAGAAUCUGAACAAGUAGGGCUUCUGAAUUUCUCUUACUGUCUCUUUUCGAUUUCUCCUUCACUAUUGUUGAAGAAUAUGGAAGAGGAAGGAAAGAAGAAGAGGGUGGUUGUUGAAUCGUUGGGAUGGCUGACGGAAUCUUCCAUUAUGCCGAAAAAGCACAAGGCCAUAGCUGGGGUCGGCGCAUCUUCGAUCAUGGAGCUCAAGGCUCACCUCUACAAGUCUCAAGAGGAGUCCAAGAAGUCCAAGGAAUUGGCUGGCCCCGGCGUCGAGUUCCACCGUGCAAAGAACAAGAUCACUCCCAAAGACAUUCUCUCCUCCCGCAAUUCCGGCGUCGAGGCCCGCGCUCUCAAGGACAAGCUGGAGCUGAAAGCUAUUAACGAUGGAUCGGUGAGCUAUGCUGCACUAGAGAAGAAGGCUGCACUAUAUGAAAAGCUAGUGAAUGGGGAACUCCCAGACGAGGAAGACCAAGAGAAGUAUUGUGUAGACUUUUUCCGCAAGAAUCUUGAGCAAGAUGAAUCACAGCUACCACAAGGUCAUGAUGCUCCUGCAUCUGGAGAGACGGAAACUCCAGAAGAUGAGACCGACAGACCGUUCUUGUUUAACUCAAAAUCAACGGGACUUGGGAGGACAUCUGGUACCAUGGACAACGACGAACACAAGCGCUUCGUGAGGGAAGUCCAUGAAGAAGUAAAUCAAGCAAGAGAGAAGGCAUCCGAACUGAAAUUGCGUAGACAAGAGCAGGCAGCAGUACGUCGUGAGAAACUGAAACAGGCUUAUCUUCGCAAACAAGUAGAGAAGUUGAAGGCUUCAACAAAUUCAGGACAAACGUAACAGAAGAAGAGAAAUAUAGUGUUUUAGGUACAGUUUACCACUGAAGCAGGACAUUGCCUCCAUUGACAGCAAAUAGACAAUGCCUUCGUCAGGAUAAAUGAUGGAUUUUGUUUGUUUUCUUUUCUCCAUCAAAACUUCUAUUCCCCAACCUUCUUAAUUUUCACAUUGUAUUAUAAAUUGAUUGUCAGGGAACUAGAUAAAUUUGUACCCCACAGUAUUGUAAAAUUAAUGCCAGAAAAAAAAAAAUCUUCUUCA